CCUGCACCGUACUAGUAAGCAAAGCAUCAAACUUGCGAGCAUCGAAAGUCCCGCCUCGGCCAUGAUCCUCACAAGCUGACCGUUCGACGACCUUACAAACUUACAGCACGAUGACUCCAACCAAGUAUGAACGUGUUCUUUCUAAUUGAAUUCGGACGAAUCACGCCCAGUGAUUCUCCCGACUUGUUCCUCCAACAGCCGCCGCGAGCGCUUCGCAAGAACGAAGGAAAAAAAUUGCCAAAAUCGACAGACAGUGCCACAACGCUGAACGCUGUGGCCCCACAUACACAUUGUCGACGACGGCUGGCCACGGACCGAAGACAUCACUAAUCCUCAGAGUGCAACGCAUGACCAGCUUCAUGGAUCCG